AUGAGGCGCGUCAUUUUCGAAGGAUUCUCCCAGCUACAUUAUGCGCAGGGCCGCUAUCACUGGGAACAGAAAAUCGCCUCCAAUCUGAGGAGUCUCCAGAGGUUCUGGACGAAGCUUGUGCGCAAGCCGGAAAAGAUGCCCACUCAUCGGACUGAUCUCAUUGAUGCUUGCAAGCAAUACAACCCUAUGGGGCUAUUGGACGUCAAACAAGCAAUCGCUGCCAGGGAGGCCGUCCGCGGGAUCGAGACAAAACACUUCAUCCUGAAGGUGGCUGUAUCACGCGCAUCGGCGGCCGAUGACCUGAUUCAAAAGCUGUCGACAGCAGCACCAACUUCAUUGGAAGAGCUCGCCCAACUCCUAGCCCAGAUCGCCAAACCGACGCCAGAGCCGAGCUGCAUGCUCUGGGCGGUCGUCCAAUUUGGUCGUUUUACCCGAAAGUCAAUGGAAGCCGAACUACAAGACGUCUUCGAAACCCUAAAGGCCCUGAUCCUGAUGGGCAGUUCUUGCAACGACGUCCUCAACAAAGAUGAUCCGGAGGAAAUUGAGAUUUACAGGCAAGACCUGGUGGCUUCUGUCAAAGAAAUUGGCCAGCAUGCGGUUGAUUGGGCCAAGGCGGUGCAGAAUAUCAGCUGGCCGGAAUCUCAACGUGCUCUCGCGGUGGAUUGGCUGGUAGAUAAAAAGCCAUCAACUGCUGCCGAGGCAGCAGCGAUUGUACAACAAGCAUAUGAAGCAACGGGAGCGAAAGCUUGGGAAUACCAGUCACUAGCUCACCCCGGGACAUGGGAGCCGGAAAGCGAGUUCGCCGUCCGCUUUGUGCCAGGAACUUAUGAUAACGUCACAAACAAGGCCGAUUGGACUGUCCACGUAUGGCGGUUCAAUUUUGAAGAAGAGAACUUCUGCCGACGAGUCAAGUUUGCGAAAGGUCGGCUCGCUGAUCCAGCGGUGAAGACAGCCCUGGAGCGCAGCCUGGGUUAUACGAAAGGCUGGGCUGGAAGCGCUGUCGACGAAUUGUUCUCCCCAAUCGGCCUGGUAGCGAACGACUCGUUCGCCGGCGCUUUAUUCUACAUGGACGACCCAAUGACGUGCAAGGAGCAUGCCAGACUGGGAAACUACACGCUCAACGCCUGCCCAAAAUAUGACGAACUCGGCGCUUCCCAGGACGCGACUGAAGACCAUAUGUGGCCAAGGCACUGCCAAUAUCGAGCCUACCACCUGAUAAUA